UUCUCAACAAUAAUUGCAUGAGGAUUUUCUACUUCACUUUCGCUUCCUCCAAUCCUAUCCCAAACUUCAGCUUGUAGGGUUUAAUGGCAGGCACAUCCACGUCGCCGUCGCCGGCGACACCGGCAACCACGAUAACUGAUCUGAACGAGGACUCCAUAGCUCAGUGCGCCGCCUACUUUAACCUCCGCGACGUUUGCAACUUGGCGAUGACCUCCACAACUCUCAAACGCCUCGCUUAUUCCGAUUCCAUUUGGCAACGCUUCUUCAGGGAGCACUGGCAUCAACCACCGCCUUCGCGUUUGAGUGGGAUCGGAGCGAGGGAAGUGUAUCUGGCUAGGCACACCGCGUUGCGACAGUUCAAGUUCGUCGAUCCCUUUGUUGUUGACUUUGAUGCAAAUGCUAAGCCUUUCAACCAGUUGCUCCUCCACAAAAGUCAUGUUUUCUUCUCACAGGGUUCACUUGUGGAAAUGAUAAACUUGGAUAGCUAUCUAAAGGGAACAACAGAUUUUGUCCAUGUGUUAAGUGAUCAUAAAGCUAGAAUCACCUGUAUGAGGUUGUUUUCCCUUAAUGAAGUGUCUUUACUGUUUCGAGGUGAAACACAGGGAGAACAGAAUGUUCUGGUCACCUCCAGCUGUGAUCACUCUAUUCGUCUAUGGUGGAAGGGUUCAAGCCUGCGGUGCCUUAGGGGUCACAAUGGUCCAGUGUUGUCACUAUCAAAUAAAUUAUUGGGAGAUGAUAGCAGCAAAGUAUUGGCAAGUGGAGGAGAAGAUGGUACUGUUCGACUAUGGUCCCUUAGCUCAAGUGGCAAACGGGGACAGCGUGCUUUGAAGGCUACACUCUAUGGGCAUGAAAAACCUGUAAAUUUGUUGUCAGUUGCUGGGCACAAAACUUCGCUUUUGGUGACGAUCUCAAGAGAUUCUAAGGCGAGGGUUUGGGACACAGGCACAGCUACAUCAUCUGCUGUUCGCUCCUCCUGUUGUGUGGGAAUGACUUCUGUUCCUGGUGCACCUGUAAACAUGAAAUGCCAUGAAUCGCUAUUGUAUGUGGCAGCUGGUUCCUCUGUCACUGCAGUUGAUUUAAGGACAAUGCAGAGAGUUAUCACUGCAGCUGUGCAUCGAUCAAAGCUGUGUUCAUUUGAUGCUGUUCCUUCAAAAUCUUUAAUAUGCACAGGUGGUGAUGGCAGAGCAAUGCUUUGGGAUAUUAGGAGAAAUCAAGAAUCAUUAAAACCAGAACCGAUUGUUGAGUUGGAGGGACAUUGUGGGCAAGUAACUUCAUUGUUCAUGGAUCAAUACAAAAUAGUUACUGGGGGCCCUGACAAUGCUUACGUUAAUGUAUGGGAAGUUGACACUGGUGUGCAAACAAAUACUUUGCUUUGCCGUUCAACUGAGAGAGAUGGUAGCAGAUCAGGCUGUGAUGCCAUGGCUGUAGAUGGGUGUAGAAUUGCUACUGCUAGCUCUUGUCAAGAUUGGGGUGUUUUGCGCUUUAGGGACUUCACCAAUGCUUCGAGUCCUGUUACCAAACUAGAAAAUCAGCCGUCUUCAAAAUUUUGGGAUUCCGUAUCUGAUGAUGACAGUGAUGGCUGAUAAUUUUGGCGGCCCCCAAAAUUGUAUAGAUACCUUUUCUUUUUAGUUAAUUAGUUACAAAGUUAGUUUU